AAACGACAGGGAGAGAAAUUAACUGCCUUCACGUUUACGCCAAAGUUCGAUCGCGAGAUUGAAAAGGAAGAAGCCACAAGAAGACUCAUACAACAGCGAAGGGUUCUUGUUCUUGAGAUAUUCAAUUAAAGCCCCAUCGAUUCAAUUAUUUUUCCAAAAAGGAAGAAGGCGGAAGAAAAAUAGUUAUUUGUUCCAGAGGACUGUGAUUUUGGGAAAUUUGAGCGAAAUCGUCUCGUAGGUGCUUCAAUGGAGGACGAGAAGCAGCCACUGAGGGAGGCGAAGGAGCCUCCUCCUAAGCCAGUUGAAGAGAUUGAAGAAGAAGCACCUCCAAAAACCAGCGCUGGAGGAGGAGGAGGAGGAGGAGGAGGAGGAGGAGGAGGCUGGGGAGGCUGGGGAUUCUCUGCGUUUUCUGUUCUCUCAGAUCUCCAGAAGGCCGCCGAAGAGAUCUCCCGAAAUGCUGCUGCAGCUGCGCAGACAGCAGCUAAAAGCAUUGUAGACUUGAAAAAUGAAGAUGGGGAUGCGGAGUCUUCCAAGGAGAAAGAAGCAGAAGGUUCUGCAGAUGAAAAUGAAAGUGAAGACGAGAAUGAUAAGCGGCGAAAAUCUGCCUUGGAUAAAUUAGAGAAGGCCAGUGAGGAUUCCGUUUUUGGCCAGGGCUUAAAGGUUCUGGAUACUUCUGUGGAGAAUAUAGCUUCAGGAGCAUGGAAAGCCCUGGGAAGUGCUUUGAGAGGGGGCAGUGAUUUCGUUCACAAGCUUGAGAAUUCAGCUGCAAAUAUUGCAGAAACCAUUCAACAUCAAGGUAUACCAGCUGCAGCUGGUUCUGUUGCACCAUCAUUGUUGGAGAGGGGGAGGGCUCUUACAACAAAGGGAAUGGAAGUUCUUGAAUUUGUUGGAAAGGAAACCAUGGAUUUACUGAUUACAGAGACUGGUAUUGAGGUUGAGAAGACCUCUAUUGAUAGCAAACCACAGGCCGAGGAGGAUCAAUUAGAAGAUGAAGAAGUGACAUUUGAUCGAUGCUUUUAUAUAUAUGGAGGUCCAGAACAGUUAGAGGAGUUGGAGGCCCUGUCAAAUCACUAUACUUUACUAUAUAACCGAAGGAAAGGAAAAUUAUCCCAGGACCAAAAAUCUGUAUAUGAUGGAAAGCUUAAACAGGUCCAACAAAUUUUCAGUUUGAGCAGUGAAAUGGAAGCAAGUAGUUUAAAUGCAGACAAAGGUAAAAAGUUAGAAGUUGGGGAAGGGGGAAAUGAUGAGAUGAAGAGUUUAUAUGAUUCUAGUGUCAGCGAGGCUGCUCAAAUGGCCGCAGGGUUUGGAGGUUCCUUGGCCGAAUUAGCUGUUCCUGAAAUAAUGCAAAGGACCAUCGACAGACUAGAAUCACUUCAUUCCGAAGGAGUACAUAGACUCUCAGAAAUGUGUUAUUUCGCGGUAUCUCAAUUGCUGAUGCUUGGAAAAUCCAUUAUAACAAAUGCUAACAAAGUUGAGGAUGAUGGUGAGGAGGACGAUGCUGUAAAAAUCCAAUGGCCUGAAGAUUCGGUCGAAAAAGCUGAAAUUAUUAGAUUAAAGGCUCUAUCCAUGACAAGAUAUGUAGAUGCACUCUCAAAUAGCUUCGUCACAGGUCUUUCUGAUGUGUCAAAAGCUUAUCAAGCUGCCGUGACUGCUGCCCCUGCCGAUUCUCACAAAGGUCCUCCACAAACAUCAGUCCUAGACAAGGCCAGUGCCUUCUCCGAGCAUCUCCGUGCCGAUCAAACCACAGCUUUCUGCAAAAUCCAGGAUGGGCUUCAAUACUUGUCAUAUCUUGUUCUCUCAACCUCGAUGCCGUCUGCUUGAAGAAUCAGACCCCAAACAUUUUCGUGAGCAUUUUCCUCCCCUAGUUAUUGUAAAUAGUUACAAUUCAGAUCGAGUUUGAUCCCUCCCUGCUGCUUACAGUAAGCUUUACGCAGCAGUAUCGGCAUCAAAAUCUCGAGAAUUUGGAGCAAAGGUUUUUUCUAUUUGAUCCAAGUUUCUGCUGGUAUGUUUCUCAUGCAUCAAAUUACUUUUAGUUGAACAGCUCCUGCAAUACAUUUGUUAAAGAUUAGCAUAGUAAAACAACAAAUGCAAUUUGUCUUUGAUUAUGCUGUGGGAAUGAAAAGAGUGAGAUGGAAGUAUAUCAAAAUGAAGAUGAUGUUUCUAA